AACAUUCCUUUAAUCUGUGUUGCGCUCUUCAGUGAUUCUGCCGGCAAAUGCCGCUUUCAAAGAAGCAUAUUUGACAUUUGGCCUAAAUAUCACAAUAAAGAGAUAAUACGUCUUAGAUUAUUGCAGGGGUUCUGCUGUCCAUUACCAUCAGAGCAUCAUCCCGUGUGCCCCGUAGGAGUUGCGCACGAAUCAAGCAGUGCUCCAGAAUACGGAUGCCAGAACUGUCCCAGUGAUUACUUUUGUCACAGAGACAAAAUUUACACGAACAAAGAAAUAUGCUGCCCAAAACCCUGUGUAAGUAUGGAAGAUCUGUUCAUAAACGGUCAGUGUUAUCCAGUUGCACAGCUUGGUGAAAGUUGUCAGAUUUCUGAACAAUGUACAACUAUGGAUGAAGAAAGUUUGACGAAAGUCGAAUGUAAUAAUGGCUUUUGUAAAUGCCCGCAUGGGUAUGGGGAAGUUGGUGGAAUCUGUAAAAGGAUUACAUGCACUAUCGGUUGGAAAGGAGAGCCAUCCGUAGAUAGUAAGAACCAACUAAUUCAUUGCUCUCGAACGAAAGACUGUGCAACUGGUUACAUGUGCGAUUUGACAUUUAACGUUUGCUGUAAAGGCAAAAAUCGUUGUCCAAAGGGCUCCACAGAAGUCAGUUACUCGUGUGCUGACGGUAGUUGCAUUCAGAAUGGCAAUUUUUGUCAUCGACCACCGAAAGGCAAAGAAAAGAUUUGCUGUCAUGAAGAGGUGGAUUAA